UUAUGCAGUGUGGCAUGAUAAUAGUUAAGCCAAAAUUGAAAAGCAAUCCAAACUCCAACUAGAAGAACUACUCUCCAAUCACUCAAAGAAAAUGGGUGGCACUGAGAUGAAGAAAAACGCAGAUCUUAUCUUCAUUCCCUCACCAGGGAUUGGCCACUUAACUUCAUCCCUGGAAUUUGCACAGCUUCUAAUCAACCGUGACAGCCAUCUUUCCAUCACAAUCCUCUGCAUCAAGUUCCAUUUUACUCCCUUUGCAGAAUCUUACAUCAGAUCAGUUUUAGCCUCACAACCCAAAAUUAAACUCAUUGAUCUCCCUGAAGUGGAACCACCUUCUCAGGAGCUAGCGCUCAAGUCUAUUGAACACUACAUAUGUACCUUCAUGGAGAGCCUCAAGCCCCAUGUCAUGGCCACCAUGCAAAACAUUUUAUCAUCUUAUCCACACCCAGUUGUUGGGUUGGUCCUAGAUUUCUUUUGUUUGUCCAUGGUUGAUGUGGGAAACGAACUGGGUAUCCCCUCUUACAUGUUCAUGACUUCAAAUGUUGCAUUUACAGCUUUCAUGCUUUCCCUUCUCAAACGUCAAAUAGAGGACGUGUUCAGUGAUUCUGAUCCUGAGUUGUUGAUUCCGGGUUUCCCAGAUCCAGUUCCUCCAAGUGUUUUGCCUGGUCCUGCUUUUAAUAAAGAUGGUGGAUAUGUUGCCUUUUACAAGCUUGCUCAGAGGUUCAUGGACACCAAAGGUAUUAUUGUUAAUUCUUUUUAUGAGAUGGAGAAGUAUGCUAUCGGUGCAUUAUCUGAUGGCCAAACGCCUCCUAUCUAUGCUGUUGGGCCUUUGAUUGAUCUUAAGGGUCGGCCAAACCCAAAUUUGGAUCAGGCCCAGCAUGACAAAGUAUUGAAGUGGCUAGAUGAGCAGCCACCUUCAUCUGUGGUCUUUCUUUGUUUUGGGAGCAUGGGAAGCUUUGAUCCAUCUCAAACAAGAGAAAUAGCAAUAGCACUUAAGCGCAGUGGAGUUAGGUUCCUGUGGGCAAUGGGUUCUCCGCCAACCAGAGACAAUGCAGACAGAACCUUAACAGAAGGGUUCUUAGAAUGGAUGGAGGGUAGGGGAAUGAUAUGUGGAUGGGCACCCCAAGUGGAGGUUUUGGCUCACAAAGCCAUUGGGGGGUUUGUGUCUCAUUGUGGGUGGAACUCUAUUUUGGAAAGCUUAUGGUUUGGGGUGCCAAUAUUGACAUGGCCUAUCUAUGCAGAACAACAGCUGAAUGCUUUUAGGAUGGUGAGAGAAUUUGGAUUAGCAGUGGAGCUGAGACUAGACUAUAGAAAGGGUAGUGAUCUUGUAAUGGCAGAGGACAUAGAGAAAGGACUGAAACAAUUGAUGGACAAGGAUAAUAUGGUACACAAGAAGGUGAAAGAGAUGCAAGAGAAGGCCAGGAAAGCUGUCCUUACUGGUGGGUCUUCUUUCAUUUCUGUUGGAGAAUUAAUUGAUAAUGUAAUAGGUAGAAACUAAUGCCAUAGUUGUAUUACAUAGAUGGAGUUGCUCCUUUCUCCAAAUGUAAGAUGUUAUUUCCAGAAACAUGUGUGUCAUUCCACUGAGAAGAAAUGUAGACCGAAUUGAAGAUGAAAAUUGAAAUUGUUCAGUUCGUGUAUGACAAA